AUGUCGCACACUACGCUGGCCUUCUGCUUGCUUUGGCUCCUGGCUCUCUCUUCCGCUUGCUACAUCCAGAACUGCCCCAUCGGAGGGAAGCGCUCCAUUCUGGACAUGGAAGUCCGAAAGUGCCUCUCUUGUGGUCCUAGAAACCGGGGCCAUUGCUUUGGACCCAACAUCUGUUGUGGAGAAGAGCUGGGCUGCUAUUUUGGCACAGCGGAAACCAUGAGAUGCCAAGAGGAAAGCUUCCUGCCAACCCCUUGCGAGUCUGGAAGGAAACCAUGUGGCAACAAUGGAGGAACCUGCGCAGCAUCCGGCAUCUGCUGCAACAAUGAGGGCUGCAUGAUAGACUCAGAGUGUGAUCAAGACUGAGAAGAUUCAAGGAACAGGAACCAAGGGAAAGUGCUUUUAGAUUACGAACUUGUGGGCAACCACUGCGUCUCGAAGGGAUGUGUCUUUCCAUUGCAAAUAUGUCUUUUG